AUGUUUUCCUCACAGAAGGAACCAACUCGGAGGAGGAGACCUGGCCUCCGUAGCAGUUCACUGAAUGCUUUUUUCUGUCGUUCCAUUCUCCCCCUUUCGGCGCAGUUCAUGUGCCUUCACUUCUGCCUUGUCGCUUCUGUUUCGUUCGUCGACACACAUGCGCUCGCCUAUCCUGCAGCGCCACUCUCAAGCUUCACACCCUCACGUCGGAGUGCUCGUUCUUGGGACUCUGGAAAGCCAGAAAAAGACCAAUGGUUCUUUUAUCCAUUGUUCGCUUGCACUUCCUGUGAGUUCCGUCGAAAACAGGCACCUUCUUCGUCUCGCUGUUCUUCUGCAUCCCCCGCAUUUCUUCAGUCGUUGACGCUUCCCGUGUCUUCGCUCUCGGCUCCUCGUCCAGCCGCACUGCGUGCAGUUGGAAUCUCUUCGUCUUUUGCUUCUGCUUGGUUUCUGAGCGAAUCUCUCUGUUCCACAAAUCGUGUCUUCUCGGCCCGUUCUCCCCACUCCUCCCUGCCUUUUCCUCUCGCCUGCGACGCCAAUCAAGAAUCCAAGAGUGUUCCCAAGCUGAGGUCGAAGAGAGACCAGGGACAGGGAAACCGUCUCAUCACGUCCGUAGGUCUUCCUUCACGAUGGGCGUCUCCGCUCUUCUUGUCUGCGCCUCAUCCAACCUUGGGGGUCAAUGCAUUCCGACGCCUUUCGUUUCCCUCUACUCUAUCGUCGUCCUCCUGUUCUGCAGCGUCUUCUUCUGUCUCCGCUUCUGCUUCUUCCCCUUCUUCCUCGUCUUCUCCUUCUCCAUCUGCUGAUGGUGGCUGGUGCAUGUUUCCACGUUGGCUACUGGGAGACUGGACUUUGCGGAUUUUGUGGCCUUCGGCUUCAUCUCAACAGUCUCGUUUUCCGUUUUGGGAUCCCUUUGCUUCCCUCGCCUCUCCGCCGUGUCUCCGCCCUCUUUUUCCAAACAAGCCUGGUGACGACACACUUGCAAACGAAGAGGAGGCCAGCCUGUGCGCGGACCCGGAGAGAGGAGACCCCAGCAGGAGUGGAGAAAACUGGCUAGACGGCGAGAGGAGACCGGAGAGGAAAGCUCACAUCCAAGGAGGAGCAUGCGCUGCUUCAGACGCUCGUCGAGCAGGCGAUGUGGAAGUCCUCAAAAACCUGCGAGCGUCUUUGACGUCUUCGUCUGAUUUGCCCUCUUUCCAAUUUCCGAGACAGCAAAGAGCCAGUGACGCUGCUGGUGCCUCGCCGGUCUCUCUCUCCAACUUCCGAUGGUUAACUGCAGUCCAGAGAAGUGCAAUUUUGCGGGCAUCGUCUCUGCGCUUCAGGAUUCGACUUCUCCCCGCCGGAAGACUCGCUCUCCUCGGUGGUGGCCACAGAGGCAGCCAAGACGACGUUCCUGCGGAACGCAGCCGUGCAGGUGAAGGCGGCGAAGCAGCCAGGAGAGUGGACGAAAGGGACGCGGAACCAAGAGAGGGAGAAGAAAGAAAACUGGAAGGGAGAAAAGGAGAAGGGCCAGAAACCGACAGUGAGGAUGCUGCACCGAGGGGCCAGCCAACAGACAUCACGAGUGUGCCGCGUUGUUUACACAUGGUGAGGGGGAAGGCGUCCGGAACGGUCUCGGCACACGUGGAAAACGCAUACAAAGACGCUUGUCUCUUCUUUGCCGAGACGAAUGAGAACUCCCGAGAAGCAGAACAAGACGGAACAACCGCGGCGAACCCCGGACUCUGUUUAGAGCCGCUUUACUGGAGGUACACGCCUGCGACGAGGCGCCUCGUCGUCGAGCUUGCUCUCCUUCCUCACCUCCUUGUCUUGCGUUUUUCUUGUGGGAUUACGUGGGGAAACGCGCUUUCCAGCGCGGACAUUGCUCGAGCUUGUCGCGCAAGUGUGUCAACCGCGCGAACCAUCUUCGCUUCUCGCGUGCCUCACGGCUUCGCGAGGCUCAUCGAUGAAGAGGCCAAGACGCGGAAGGAAAGAGAGGAGGCGUCUUCAGAGAGACCCGCACCCGAGAGUCUCGACGAGAGGGAGAGCUUGCUGCUCGCUGCGGCACUCGCGGGUGGCGUUCGAGGUCGAGGCAUCGUCUCAGUGAGGAGUCUGCUCUGCGAUGAGGGUCGCGACGGGAAGAAGGUGGAACGCCAGGACGCGCCUGAGAGGUUUCAGGACGCGGAAGAUGUCGGUGCAGUCUUCGCGACGUCGCCAGGAUCAGAACGGGGGGACACCCAGGGUCGGGAACAGGAAGGAGCCCGGUUCCAUCGAGGGAUGCUGACGUUAGAAAUGCUGCGUGCAUGCGCGCCGUCAAAACGCGCUCCGCCCCGCUGGUCCGUCGCCUCCAUUCCUUUGGGCGAGGCGUACAUCCAGCUGAAGAAGCCUGUGAGCGGCAGCGCGAUUGUACGCAGUCGGCUUUCUCUGCUUCCGAGGCGUGGAGUUCUUCGUCUGCGCACAGGGGCCGAGCGCCACGCGUUUCUGCAAGAGUUUCGGCUUCUUCAACAGGUCCAGAAAUCCUUUCUCGAGAGGCAGGUGAAGCAGAACUCGCCGGAGGCGGCGGUGCGCGAGAGCGCUAGGAGGCUGGGAGACACCAACGGAGAGCGUGAAAGAAGUGAGAGAACGCAGGAAGGGCAGAAAAACGAGUCGUCGGGACCAGGCUUGACGGAGAGAAUCUCCGAAGUGGAGAGAGAUCGGGAGGCGUGGUGGCAGCACAAGUCCGGUAGGCGCGUUCAGGCUUUGGGCGAGAAAGCCGGAGAAAUCCAAGAGACGAAGGGAUACGAACACGGUCGUCACGACACUGCCGCCAAGGCAUGUGAGGCUGUUCACCACCAGGAACUCCCGGAAGAAGCCGUCGGCGGAUUAAUCCGCACAGGGACUGAAGAAAACAUAGGAAACGCCGUCGAGAGCACAACUAGCGAGAGGGAAUUGCAGAGACUCUUUGAGGAGCGCGCACAGAGCUUCGGUUCUCUGCUUCGAUCCCGGGGGAAGAAACGUCGAACGCGACGACCGGCUCCCAGAGAAUGCGUCAUUCCUGUGGUGGCACUUGCAAUAAACGCAAAAAUUAUAGGGUGGACGUUGCCACUUCCAUCCCUCGCUUCAGCAUCGUGCGGCUCUCUUCACAUUACAGAAAAAGGAAAACGUAGGGAGAACCCAGAGGGCACAAGGUGUGUGGAGGAUUCUGAGGCAAAGAAAGCGAUCGCUGCAGCGCAGCUGCACUGGCGCGUCUGUCGAAGACUCAGCCGUCCAGAUUACAAAGUCGAACAUGUGGUGUAUGUGCCGUCCAGCAGGCUUGUGAACUUCGUUGUCAAGCGUGACAAGGAGGAGCACCAAUCGUCGUAA